GUAUUUGUACCAAGGUAACUUCAGUAGUUAUACAUAGCUCAGUGGCACGGCCUAUACCGGAAGUAUGGUACCGGAAGUGGGAGACAUGUGGUUCUACGUGCGCAAGCGCCUUUAAAUUUCAAGUUGUGUUUUGCCAAAAGAAAUUUGUCUUAAAAUAUUUGUUGUUCAUUGUCUCGUUCGUAAAAGUCUGUAUUCUCCUCUCUGCUUUCUCGUAUAAAUGAGCUCAAGUGACCAAGCUGGUUUGCUUUUAAAGAAGCAAUUAAAAGAGUUGAGUAGAAAAGGAACAGAGGGAUUCUCUGCUGGCCUUGUAGACGACGACGACUUGUUCAAAUGGGAGGUGACAAUAUUUGGACCGCCAGAUACGUUUUAUGAGGGUGGAUUCUUUAGAGCUGAACUAUAUUUUCCUAAGGAAUAUCCACAGAAGCCUCCUAAAAUGAAGUUUACAUCAGAUAUAUGGCACCCAAAUGUUCAUAAAAACGGUGAUGUUUGUAUUUCCAUACUUCACGAACCUGGUGAGGAUAAGUUUGGAUACGAGACAGCGUCCGAAAGAUGGUUACCCAUUCAUACAGUCGAAUCAAUCCUUAUUAGUGUUAUAUCAAUGAUAACUGAUCCAAACGAUGAGUCUCCAGCAAACGUAGAUGCAGCUAAAGAAUGGCGAGACGAUUACAAUGGAAUGUUUAAAAAACACGUUCAACGGUGUGUGAGACUGAGUCAGGAGAAAAUGUAAAAAAAAAAUAUAAAACAAUAUAUCCUUACCUUGAUAAUGAAGUAUAGUCAGCUAUGCACAUCUAGAAAUAGCCACACAUCAAUAGGAACAAAUUAUGCAAUAUGUACAUUCAGCUAUUUCCACAUAUUGAGAUCAGUUAUUGUCGUGGACAUAGAGAGAUGCAGAAAGGGUAAUAUAGCUAGAGUCAAAGCACUGAACUUUCAAGUGACACUUCAUUCAAGUUAAGAUCACUGAUGUGUUCCAGAGAGAUGGUUAGAUUCAAAUAAUGUUGAUGAAAACACUGUGUUAUGAAAAUGAAUGUAUCAUGAAAGUUGAUCAUUUUGUGGACAUCAAGUGUUUUCAACAUCAUUUGAAGGCGACUCGAAAUGGCAUCUCAAGUUUUUUUUAAACCAGGAGAGGAAUCAUUCACCUGUCUUUUGUAGUUAUCGCAUUUCAAAUUUUGGAUGUAAAAUACUAAAAUUUAAGCAGCACAAUUUAAUUAAUUUUCUAGGCUUGAAACGUUUUUCAUUGUAGUUCAUGCAUCUCAUAUGUAUACAGACAGAUCUUUGUACAGCUUCAUUUCUAAUAAAUUGUACGCCUUCUUUUUGUUUUUCAA